GUCCUCCAGGACUCUAUGGUCACCCAGGACUCUAUGGUCAUCCAGGACCCCAAGGUCCUCCAAGACCCCAAGGUCCUCCAGGACUCUAUGGUCACCCAGGACUUUAUGGUCAUCCAGGACCCCAUGGUCAACCAAAGCCCCAUGGUCCUCCAGGACUCUGUGACUCUGUGGUCAUCCAGGACUCCGUGGUCAUCCAGGACUCUAUGGUCCCCCAAAGCCCCAUGGUCCUCCAAGACUCUGUGGUCAUCCAGGACUCCAUGGGCAUCCAGGACUCUAUGGUCCCCCAGGACCCCAAGGUCCUCCAAGACCCCAAGGACUGCCUAGAGACCAGCGCCAACCCAGACUCUAUGGUCAGCCAGGCCUCUGUGCCUCUUCUAGCCACGAAGGUCCUCCAUGACUCUAUGGCCAACCCAGACCCCAUGGUCCUCCGAGACCCCGCGGUCAUCCAAGGGUCCAAGGGCUGUCUAGAAACUGAGGUCAACCAGGACUCUAUGGUCAACCAAGGCCCCAUGGACGCUCUGGCCUUGAGGGCCCAACAAGACUCUAUGGUCAACCAGGACCCCAUGGGGGCCAACCAAGCACCUAUGGCCCCUCUAGCCAUGAAGGUCCGCCAAGACUCUAUGGCCAACCAGUGUCCUAUGGCCAAUGGAGGCCCCGUGGCCGCUCUAGGGCCCAAAGUCCACCAAGACUCUAUGGUCAAUGGAGGCCCCAUGGCCAAGCAAGACUCUAUGGCCCCUCUAUCCAUGAAGGUCCACCAAGACUCUAUGGUCACCCAACGCCCCAUGGCCAAUGGAGGCCCCGUGGCCGCUCUAGGGCCCAAAGUCCACCAAGACUCUAUGGUCACCCAACGCCCCAUGGCCAAUGGAGGCCCCGUGGCCGCUCUAGGGCCCAAAGUCCACCAAGACUCUAUGGUCACCCAGCGCCCCGUGACCAACCAAGUCUCUACGGCCCCUCUAUCCAUGCAGGUCCACCAAGACUCUAUGGUCAACGGAG